CACACCAUGUCUUUUACUCACGUGUUACUGAUCGGUAUCGCCGUUCCAUCGUCGUCGUCGUCGUCGCUUAGCCGAAAUAUCUUUUUGCACAAAAGCGCGUUUAAACAAACCAUUUAACAUGAACUAAAUGAUUUUAAUAUUUUUUGUAGCAUUCAUGUGUACGGUCGUCAACCGGAUUGUGUACUAGUGCGUGUUACGCGCAAUGAUGACUAUGAUGAUGAUGCAGAGACUUCUUCAGAACAAUAAUAACAGUAUAGACAACGGUAAUGCGAACAAUAGCAACAACGACGGUGCGGUUGUUGAUGCUGGAGGAUAUACCGACGAACCUCGUCUGAACGGUAUUCGCCACCAUGCGGCAAGUCCGUUCUCUAAGCCCACAACAGUCUGUUCUGCAUCAGUGCAGUCUGUCGCCGGUGACAAUGAGACGCAGUCUCGUCCUUUAUCCACUCAACAGCCGUCGUCUCCGGCGCCCAGUGACGAUUCGGCAAUGGCUACGUGUACACCACCGACGGCCUCCGUAGAAGACAGGCUGAGUUCCGACGAGGAUUACGUACUAAACGUCGACGAGGACCCUGUAGAUCUGACUAACAACAGGCUGCAUGAACCAACCAGCAAUUGUAUCUCUACGUUGGCUAGUGCAGCGUCGGCAGGAAUGGCAGGGGGUGUGCUCGUCCAACAACACUUUGCAACCCAUCAAGGACCCAAUAAAGGUCUUGCAUUUUCCGUGGAAAAUAUACUUGAUCCAAACAAGUUUACUAGAAAACUGUCGGCGUCUGUAUUGCCCAGAUGGAGGCCUCGCGUGGACUUAACUGAUAUUUCAGUCUCCGGUGAAGACUGUUCAAGAAAUUACAUGGAUGAUGAUGAUGACGACGACGAAGACAUUAGUGUCAGUGGAGAUGGCUGUGGCAGCGACAUAAGUGACGACCGAGAAAAGUGUAGUGUUGAUGGCAGUUCAUCGACGGGCGGGCCAAAAAAAUCAAAAACCGAUCAUUGCGGUGGAAACGGUUCCAAAAAUGGCAGUAGUAGUAAGCCAAGACGCGCUCGGACGGCAUUCACGUACGAACAGUUAGUAGCGUUGGAGAACAAGUUCAAGACCACACGUUACUUGUCGGUAUGCGAGAGGCUUAACUUGGCGUUGUCGCUGUCGUUAACAGAGACCCAAGUGAAAAUAUGGUUCCAAAACAGACGGACAAAGUGGAAGAAACAGAAUCCCGGGUUAGACGUGAACAGCCCGACAGUUCCACCUCCGGGAACCUCAGGCCCGUCGGGCGCCGGUGGUGGUCCGCCAUUCUUCCACCCACUUGCUUACUCGGCCGCACACCACUACCAAACUCAAAGUUACUCGGCCGCUGCAGCAGCUGCUUACUUCCAUCACCUGGGAGCUCAUCAUUCGGCUAUAGGACAUCAUCCUCCGUCGUAAUGUCAGUCGGUCGACAGUAGUUCGAAGGUGCUCACUUGGAUCUCAUUCAACAUGUCUUUAUUCACUAUGGUAAAAAAAAAAAUCGCAACUGUAUACAUUUUUAUUCGUUCGGUACACACAAAAUAUGAAAUUCUCGAGUUUAGAUUAGUCGCUGUAAAACCGUAGCUUUCAAAAAUGUCACUGGAGUGAACUGUCCGGCCAGAAAAUUUUUAUGUAGUCAAUCGACUACAGCUGUUUAAAACGAGACGGGUAUUAUAAUUAAGUCGAAUGCCAGACGACACCCUAACUGCACAGCUAUGAAGUUUGUCAACAAUUACUGUAUUACUAUAAUUGCCGACACUAUGCUCACGGGUCAUGGAAAACUUGUGAAAAGUUUGGUCUGCACCCAAAGACUAUGUUUCUGUUUAUUUCAAAACGAGUUGUAUGAAAAUUAUCUUUUGCCACUUGCUGCUGCUGUAAAAGCAAUUGUACAAGUUUAUUACUAAAUAGUCACAUUAACUCGAAUCAAAUUAAUAAGUUAUCAAAUGGAUCGCGAUAAAAAACACCUUAAUCGUUGAAAGUGUAAUGUUGCAUCGGAAAUUUAAAAAAAAAAACUUUAGAAAUCUUUACUUGAAUAUCAUAAACUAUACUAUGUUAUGUAAUUACAAAGCAUAUUUUAUAAAAUGUGCAUUUAGAUAAGAGUAGAUAAUUUUCAUGUUAGAGGGUUUUAGACCGAUUUUCGUGAUUAUUAUUUUUUGUUUUUAUUUAUUAAUAUAUAUUGUAAAUACUAUUAUAAUAUUAUUUGUUUAAAUGAAUAUAUUAUACACUACCAUUUGUACAGUAAA